GAAGUUAUGUGUAUUUAAAUAGAAAAAUCUAAACAAUUACUUCAUUUUACGAAGUUAUUAACCCGCUAUUUUCCACACGGACCCCCGGAACGUUUCCUCCAGACUCGAGAAUGGUAGGAAUUAUUUUUCAGAGACGCAGGAACUUCGGUGGGGAAACUGUGGGAGUAAUUUGAUUAGAGGUAUCUGAACUUCUUCCACCAUCGCCUAAUUACAUUCGCAUUCAAUUUCCCUGCAUGUAUUUCUAAAACAGAAGAAGCCACAAUGUUAAUUAAAGUCAAGACCCUCACUGGCAAAGAAAUCGAGAUCGACAUCGAGCCCACAGACAAGGUGGAGAGAAUAAAAGAGAGAGUGGAGGAGAAAGAGGGAAUCCCACCCCAGCAACAGAGACUCAUCUACAGUGGAAAACAGAUGAAUGAUGAGAAAACGGCAGCUGAUUACAAGAUCCAGGGUGGCUCCGUGCUGCAUCUGGUUCUUGCACUGAGAGGUGGGUGGGUCCACUAGCAUCCCAGCAGCCUCCUCCUCUCAUCUGUGUAACCACAAGUCCUGUCUUGGCCACUGUAGUUAUCCAGUGUACUCGCACAUGUCACCAGAAACCAUUUGAACCAUCUGGACUGACGAGUGGUAGCCACUGCAUUCUUUGUUCUUGGAAUAUUCAUCAGUUUUUUCCUGUUAAUGCCACUCCCUGUUAGUUUGUUAAGAGCAUCAUUGUGCUCUUUUUGUUAAGUUUACAAGUGUUAAAAAUCAAGGUAAAACUGAUGUAUCAGUUUGUCAAUAAAAAUCGAUGCAACCA